AAGAACCAUGUUAACACUACCGUUUGACGAGUCUGUCAUAAUGCCCGAAUCCCAGAUGUGCAGAAAGUUUGCUAGACAAUGCGAGGACCAGAAACAAAUUAAGAAACCAGAGAGCUUUCCAAAACAAGUUGUCCUUCGAGGAAAAAGCAUUAAACGGGCCCCUGGAGAAGAAACCGAGAAAGAGGAGGAGGAGGAAGAUAGAGAAGAAGAUGAUGAAAAUGGCUUGCCCAGAAGGAGGGGUCUCAGGAAAAAAAAGACCACCAAACUACGACUGGAAAGGGUCAAGUUCAGGAGACAGGAAGCCAAUGCGCGCGAGAGGAACCGGAUGCACGGCCUCAAUGACGCUCUGGACAAUUUGCGAAAAGUGGUCCCCUGUUACUCUAAAACCCAAAAACUGUCCAAAAUAGAAACUUUACGGCUGGCCAAAAACUACAUCUGGGCACUUUCUGAAAUUCUGAGGAUUGGCAAGAGACCAGAUCUGCUCACGUUCGUCCAAAACUUAUGCAAAGGUCUUUCCCAGCCAACUACAAACUUGGUGGCAGGCUGCUUACAGCUCAACGCCAGGAGUUUCCUGAUGGGUCAGGGUGGGGAGGCUGCACACCACACCAGGUCACCCUACUCCACAUUCUACCCACCCUAUCACAGCCCUGAGCUGGCCACCCCCCCAGGGCAUGGGACUCUUGAUAAUUCCAAGUCCAUGAAACCCUACAAUUACUGCAGUGCGUAUGAAUCCUUCUAUGAAAGUACUUCCCCUGAGUGUGCCAGCCCUCAGUUUGAAGGUCCCUUAAGUCCUCCCCCAAUUAACUAUAAUGGGAUAUUUUCCCUGAAGCAAGAAGAAACCUUGGACUAUGGCAAAAAUUACAAUUAUGGCAUGCAUUACUGUGCAGUGCCACCCAGGGGUCCCCUUGGGCAGGGUGCCAUGUUCAGGUUGCCCACCGACAGCCACUUCCCUUAUGACUUACAUCUGCGCAGCCAAUCUCUCACUAUGCAAGAUGAAUUAAAUGCAGUUUUUCAUAAUUAAUGAGGAAAAUGAAAAUAAACAGUGGUCAUUCACCUCCCACUCUAAUUAAGACAAAGCAGAUGCUUGCGGGCUGAGUAAUUGGCACAACUCUAUCUAAGGUGUUUACUAGUUUCUGAAGUGUGUUUCAACGAUUGUGAACAUUUUCUAUGUCAUAAUAAAUCUCUUUUCGUACGAGAGCUUCUUUUCCUUCCCCUUUGUCUGUAUUGCACUGUGAUUCUCUCUCUCUACUGGCAGGAUUUUCCUUUCCUGUUCUAGUUUCUUUUAAAUUCACUUAAUUUGUUUGAACAAGGUGUCUAAGAAUAUAUUGCUGAAUAAAGACAUGCACACAGCAUAACUCAAUGUCUAUUUCAGUUGUACAGUAAUUAUGAAAAUGCAUGUUAUAAAAAUCAGAUGAGUAAAAUGUGUUUAUAAUUACUAGGACUCAUAUAUGUAUCUCUGAAAAUUGAGUUUUUAAAAUAUCAAGAGCUAACCAUGAAAUUAAAAGAUGCAUUUGAGGAUGUACAACAAUAUUAAAAGCUAUGCAAUUUUCUGUUUAUUAAGGACAGAACUAAAUGUGUUCGGUUGGUGAGAACUUCUCCUCUUCAAGCAUUUGCAGAGGAGGAAGCACAGUGUUUGGGGGAGGUUAUCAGCAUCAUAAUUUGGGGACAAUUAUUUCAAUCAUGAAGAAAAAAUAUUAGCAUUUGUUUUGUAUUGUUCAGGAUUUUUCUGUACAGGUUUGUUAUGGUGUAUAAUUGUAUUUUCCACCCUACAGUUUAAAAGCAAUUAAACAUAGAUAUUUCCACUUAUAAA